AUGGACUCUAUCCAGGCCACUCCUCGCAAGAGGCCUCGCGCUGACCCGGACACUCCGCAGUCGCGCAAGCGCAAACAUCAUCACAACUCAGAAACUCCCACCCCCAACCCCCCACUCGCGCCGUUCCCCACCCCACCCCGUUCACGCCGGCGACUCAACUUUGCGUCAGAGCCGGUCGAGGAACUGGACUUGUCAAACGAGACGACUCCCAAAGCUGGCCCAUCACGCAAGCGUCUGCCACCACACCUGCAGACUCUCUUGACACUGCACCACGCGUUCAACAUCACACUCUCGCUGCACAUCGCUCAGCACCCUCCCGUCCUCCCUCCUCACUCGUCGCGCGCGACUCGCGUUCAGGUGCCCAACCUCACCAACCUCGUGGCCAUCAGGGACGCGGUCGAGCGCUCGUCGGGUCGCCGGUUCGGGCAGCAGGAGCUGGCACGCCUCGCGUGGCUUUGGACAUGGGAUGGCGAGGCGCUCCCUGCCGACGACAAGGAGCAGGACAACCCUUUCCUCGUCUCGAGCUCUAAGCCCUCGGAACCCUUGACCCAGGUGUCCGGUCUGUCAUACCUCAUCACUACCACACGCACGCUGUGUCCCAAGACUGGCAGGCGGGUGCACACCCAUGGUCUCGGUAUCGACCUCGAGAUCCACGCCGGCGAGACCCACCAGCUGCUUAUGGGCGGUGUGGGCGGUGGAUUGGGGAACAUGGGCCAAGGAGGCGGCAUGCGCGUGAUCGGGCGCUGGAACGCCGGUGGUGACCUGCGACACGACGCCGUUCGCCAUCGUCUCGAGCGCUGGGUCGAACUGCACGGCGGCAUGCCCGAGCCUGUAGUGCAUCUCGACACGGAGCUCUCGUUGUUGCCCACACCAGCAACGCACGACACUACUCGUUCAGAGAUCCCGCCCAUCCCCCUCCUCCCCCUCCCUGUCCUCCCAUCUGCAACCGCCCCUGCCGCCAGCCUCUUCGCGGCUGUGUCCACCCCUCUGCCUCCCAAAAAGGUGCUUGGUGCCGGCCUGGCCGACCCCUUUGAGAUCCCCGACACCCCAAAGCCUGCUGCCACCAAGGGCACCGGGACUGUCGAGGAGCGUCGCAGGGCGCUGUACGAGAGGAUUAAGGCGCGUUCCGACUCCAAGAAGGCCGCCACGACGACUCUCCACGACGCCAUCUCGGGCAACAGCACCAUCAUCCGUCGCUCUGCCGCCGAGCAGCAGGAAGAGCUCAAGCGCCGCAGCACCCUUUCCCGCUUGGAAGGCAUUGCGGAGGGCGUGUGGAUGAUGUUCUCUGCUCCCUCGCCCGGUACGCACUCGCUCCCCACCGCCCCUCGCCCUCGCCGCAAGGCCAUCCCUCUGUCGGAGAUUGCCGAGAUGCUCGUCAAGAGCUCCAAGACGCCCGUCUCGUAUGCCGAGGUCAAGACGUCGCUGCACAUGCUCAUCGAGCUGUGCCCCUUCUUCCUCCAGUCCAAGAUUGUCGCCAAGAUCGAGUGGCUCGAGAUGCCGGUCACCGCGCUCCCAGCCCCCCCGUCACCAGGACAGGGCGCCGACCGUGUCGCUGCCAUCGAGGCCCAGCUCGCUUCGACCAUGGCAUCGCCGCCCCGCGUUCGUCCCGGUAUGGCUCUCGCGGGACCUGCCAGCCCUGGCCGCGUGAGGCGCCACGCCGGCCUCCGCGAGGUGCGUGAGCGUAUUCGCCGCGAGCUCGGCGAGUAG